AUGCUGAUUCUGCAGGGGCACUUUAUCAAACUUCACGAGAAACCAGAGCUGCGGAGGGACCAAAGAGACCUACUGCUGCUAAAGCUUGAAGAUAACCUACUCAUCAAAACUAUCGACUUUCUUAUUGUUAGAGCCAUUUGCUACAAAGAAACAGGGACGGGCAAUUUGCUCUUGUUUGAAAAUUUUGGAUAUGUCUGGUUCAAAGCUUUUUCAGCUUCAACUCAAAUUAAGGUUCAAAAGUGUCCAUACUAA